AUGAACAUCGAGCCUAAAAUGAUUCGAAUAUGUUUGUGGCCUUCAUGCCUUGUGGGUCUGUUCAUCACCGACAUCCUCUCUUUGGACUGUAACUUAUUGAAUGUUCACCUGAGUAUAGUCACCUGGCAAAAUCUGAGACUUCUAAGCAGUAUGAGCAAUUCAUUUCCUGUAGAAUGUCUAAGAGAAAUAGAAGACUUUGAGUUGCCUCAAGAGAUCCUAUCAUACACCCAGCCUGUGAAAAAGGACAUCAAGGAGGUCUUCUAUGAAAUGUACAUACAGGCAUUCAACAUCCUCAAUCAAUACACCUUCAAGUCCACUUGGGAAGAGAAAUGCCUGAAACAAAUCCUAAUCAGACUUGACUGGCAAAUACAGUACCUGGAACGAUGUUUGGAGGAAGAAGAAAAAGAAAAUGAAGACAUGAAACAAAUAAAAGAGAAUGAGAUUAAUUACUCAGGAGCAAGUGUCCCCCAACUGAACAACCUAGAACUGAGGAGAUAUUUCAACAGGAUAGAGAAUUUCCUGAAAGAUAAGAAAUACAGUUACUGUGCCUGGGAGAUUGUCCGAAUAGAAAUCAGAAGAUGUUUCUACUACUUUCAGAAAUUCACAGCAUUACUCAAGAGGAAAUAA